GUUGGGUUGCUCGCUGCUCCGUUUCCAGGCCUGAGUGCAGCAGUGAUGGAGUAACAGUGAAGAUUAGGAACACAAGUCGGAGGGAAGUGUCGCAGCCAUGCCCACCACCUGUGUCUUUCAGCUGGAUCGCCUGAAUCCGGUCUACAACAGUGGCGAAUACAUCAGCGGUCGCAUUUUGUUACGCACGGACAAGGUGAAGCGGGUCAAUGCCGUAUAUGUGACGCUGGAGGGCGAGGCCAAGGUCCAGUGGUCGAUGAGCGGCAAGAGCGAGACGGCUAAUUACUCCGGUCAUCAGCAAUAUUUACACUCCCGCACCAAUGUAUUCGAUAACACCCUCUUCCGGGCUGGCGUCCACGUAUAUGUACUCACCCUGAGGAUUCCUCCAGACUGCCCCAGCACCUGCAAGGGUCCCUACGGCUACAUAGCCUACACCAUCUCGCUGACCAUCGACAAGCCCUGGGGCUUCGACGAGGUCUUCCGGAAGCCCAUCAAUGUGGUGCAGACGCUGGACCUUAACUACAAUACGGAGUUUGCACUGCCCGUGAAGGAUGAAAACCUCAAAUACCUUUGCCAUUGGCCCUGCAUCUCGGGUCCCAUCUGCUCUACCCUGGUUUUGCCCGCCUCCGGAUUCACGCCCCUGCAGGAAGUGCCCUUUCGAUUGGAGGUGGACAACCAAUCGCCGCACUACGACAUCAUCGGCGUGGAGGUGUCCAUAAAGCAGCACUUCGUCUUUCUGUCGCGGAAGCCCGUCAAGCGAAACUUCUACACUAAGACGCUGGUCAAGGAACUGAUCUCGGACCGCACGCUGCGCCUGUCCAAGCGCCAGUACGAGUCCAGCAUCUGUGUGCCCAUGGACACCCCGCGAUCCACCCUCAAUCCCAACUACAUCGUCUUCCUGCACUACACGCUGCAGGUGAAGCUCAAGACGGGCUACUUCCACUACGACACGGACCUGUCGGUGCCCAUUAUCGUGGGCACCACCUCUUUGCAGCACCUCAGGGACUCGGUUCACACCCAGCAGCCGGUGAGGAGGACGCCCACGCCGGAGAGACAGCGACUGAUCGAGCGGGUGACCCCCCGACCGCCGACGGUGGAGGAGGAAUUAGGCGGGGAAGCGGAUGCGGCCACCGAGGAACCGCACCAGGCGAUCGAGGACGAUGAGCCGCCCUCUUACGACAGCUGCCUUCCGCCCUCCUUCAGCUUUGCUACCUUGGCAGGCAGUCAGCAAACAUUGGGCAGCAGUCACGUUGUGGCCCUGCAACGAAUUCAGUUACCGAAGUUUCCCGGCUUUAGCACGCUUAUUGGGACAGCUCCAGCGCACGGAAUGGAGGACUCCGGUUUGGACAUGCACAUGUAUCGGUCGUACGGCUCUCUGAACACGGACCACACGGGCCGAAGUCUGGACACUUUCGGAUCCCUCUGCGGUCCACUGUCCGAGCAAGUGGAGGAGCAGGAGCAGGAGCAAGAGGCUGAGGAGAGCACGGAGGUUCUGGAUGUGACUGUUCAGGUGCAUCGGGCCCGAAUAGCGGAGGUCGAGGAGGAGCUGCAGGACGAACACCUGUUCUAAUGGAGAAGUGUCUUAUAAACGUAUUACCAUCCCAAGUAACAAGUAACUUAAGUGUUCAAGACUAAGGCUUAUACAAGAUUUUUAGGCCGGACUCGAGUCCGUCGUUUAGUUUUAGAGAGCUUUCAUUGCCCGGAUUUGUACAAUCGUGUAAAGUCCAAUCGAACUUAUUGAGUGCCAAAAUUACU